UGAGAUUUCUAAAAUUCAUACCAAAACCUUCUAGGUAAGGGAACUUACCAGAUUUGGUAUCUGAUCUUCAGUGAUGGACCCAGAAGCAACCUCGGUUUAUUUGGAUUAUUACUAUGCUACCAGUCCAAACUCUGAUGGCAAGGAGACCCACUCCCACAUUCCUUACACAUCUGUCUUCCUUCCCAUCUUUUACACAGCUGUGUUCCUGACUGGAGUAUUGGGGAACCUCAUCCUGAUUGGUGCAUUGUAUUUCAAACGUGGCAGCCGACGAUUAAUUGACAUCUUUAUCAUCAACCUGGCUGCCUCUGACUUCAUUUUCCUUGUCACAUUGCCUCUCUGGGUGGAUAAGGAAGCAUCUCUAGGACUGUGGAGGACAGGCUCCUUCCUGUGCAAAGGCAGCUCCUACAUGAUCUCAGUCAACAUGCACUGCAGUGUCUUCUUGCUCACUUGUAUGAGUGUUGACCGGUACCUGGCCAUCAUGUGUCCAGCCAUAUCCAGAAAAUUCAGAAGAAGAGACUGUGCAUAUGGAGUCUGUACCUGUGUCUGGCUUGUCUCCUGCCUUCUGGGGUUACCGACUGUUUUGUCCAGGGAGCUUACAUUGAUUGAUGGUAAGCCAUACUGUGCUGAGAAGAGGGCUACUUCAGAAAAACUGACAUGGGCCCUGGUAGCCUUAAUAUUCACUUUUUUUGUCCCCUUGCUGAGCAUUGUGACCUGCUACUGUUGCAUCACAACAAAGCUGUGUGUCCAUUACCAGCAAUCAGGAAAGCAUAACAAAAAGCUGAGAAAAUCCAUAAAGAUCAUCUUUAUUGUUGUGACAGCCUUUGUCUUCUCCUGGCUACCCUUUAAUACUUUCAAGCUCCUGGCCAUUAUUUCUGGAUUGCAGCCAAAACUCCAUUUUUCUUCAGCUCUUCUCCAGCGGGGCAUGGAGGUGAGUGGGCCGUUGGCAUUUGCCAACAGUUGUGUCAACCCUCUCAUUUACUACGUGUUUGACAGCUACAUCCGCAGGGCUGUUGUUCGCUGCCUGUGCCCUUGCCUGAAGAACUAUGACUUUGGGAGCAGCACUGAGACAUCAGAUAGUCACCUCACUAAGGCUCUUUCCAACUUAAUUCACACAGAGGACUUUGUUAGAAGGAGGAAGAGGUCUGUGUCACUCUAAAAUGAGUUGUGACAUUUCAAGACUUGUUGGUGCUCGUCAGGAAUAAUUUUUAUCAGCAACAAAGAAGAAAAGCAUUAAAGAUAAGAUUCAUAUUGCUUGAUUAAAUCCAAGGAAGAUUUCAUUUUUAGAAUGAACACCAAAAUACAUUGUGAAUAUAAUAAGCCACGUACUGUAUUUUCAGCUAAGUGACCUUAUUUGAACCUUGCAAUCAAGUCAACAAGGCAAAAUACAAUUCUCAUCCGUCCUUUGAACUCUUAGAUAAAGGCUCCUGCUUGGACCAGUUGCUGUCUUCAUGAUUAUUAAUGUACUUUAUCGCCUUUUUUUUCUCAAGAACUAUGAUAUUUCAACCAGACCUCCCUUCAUAUUACCUUUAAAAAAUUCUGCCCACACUCAUCUGGUAAGAAAUGUGGUGGCAGUGUAGGUAACACAAUAUAGAGUAGACCUGUUCUCUGUAAUUGAUUGUUCCCAAGUUACUAAGAUAUUCUGGCCACAGUCUUUAAAAUCUGUUAUAGUAAUUUUUCAUCAUCUUCCAGUAUAGACUUUCCUCCUAUGCCCAUUCACAAUAGCUUUGGACUGUCAAGAUAAAGCUCAUGAGGAAAAAUCAUUUUGAAAUGUGUUUAUGAUUUAGGAUUUUAUCACUUGGUCAUCUAGAAUAUAGUAAAAUUAAGCAUAUUAUAUUGUUAGAAAUGCAUGUUAUUAUAAUGCUCUAGUAACUUUUUAAUGGGGUUAUGCCAUGCUCUUUAUUUUCGUUGCCUUUAUAAGUUAGGAUUUGACUUUGCUUUAAUUUUAUGUUUUAAUUACCUGUUGUCUAGUCAUCAAAUGACAAUGUUACUACUAAUAUAAUUAGAGCUAGACAAAUACUUAGACCCACCCCCAUACAGAUUAUUAUUUUGUUUUCAAUUAAAAUAUUAAUUCUGUACAUUCCCUAUAGCAUCAUUUGAUUGAUAUAAUCUGAAGAUGAAAUCUAAUAACAUUGGAAGACAGGAUGAUUCAAAUUGAAAAAUGUAUACAAAUGUAAUCAGUGUUUUUAUAUGCAUUUUUCCAAAUCUAGAAACCCUCUUGGGUUCUUUACCUAAUAAAAUAUUUAACAAGUCAUUAGAUACCCAUAUUCCUUUUAAAGACUUUAAGAUGGACAACAUGUAAUUAGCAGCAACCAGAAAAGGCUUUUCAGCACAAGUAUACUAUUAUAAACAUCUUUUGAGUAAAGGAAAGAGUGGAUUGUUUUUACCCCACUGAUGACCUAAAUGAAUUACCAUUUUAUUUUUAAGUAUUAGAUUAGAAAUAAGGAAAAACUUAAGAAUCUUUUCAGAGACCAGGCAAUUUAAUUCUAUCCCAUGUUUCUCUCACAUUAAGUGAAUUCUCAAAUAUUGGACAUUGUCUUAUAUCAUAACCUGUUUAGAAGUUGAAACAGUUAUUGGUUAAUUUUUUAAAUUUCUCUUAAACCUCUCUUUAAAAAGAGAUAUAAAUGCCCUAUACAAAUAUUAUUUUAUAAGUAUUUAUGUUUAAUACUCAAUUAGCAUUAAUACCAAUAUUCUAACAGCCUUUUAAUAAGUUAUGAUUAUUGGAAAAAAGAUAGGGUAAAUCAAACAAGCAAAGCUUCUUGGAAAACUUCAAAACUGAAUUUAAAAUAAGUGAAUAGAUCUCCAAAGGUUAAACACAAAUAAAAUAUAGAAGGUAGUAGACAUACAUUUCUUUAAAACAAUCAAUAAAAGCACUAUCAUUAACCAUGAAAGUUAUUGCCUUUUAGAAAUAUUACUUUAAAAAACAAAUGAUUCAAUCAGAUAUUUGUUGGAAAAUUAGAAAAUCUAGUUUAAUAGUUUUAACUUCAUUCUUAAUGUUGGGACAUUGAGAAAGUCAUUUUAAUCUUUCAUACCUAGCAGGGAAUAUUUAUGUCUAUAGAAUUCUCAAAGAUAUUAUAAGAUUAAUAAAUAUAAAUAAAAUCUUUUAAAAUAGUGAGUAAAUAUUUAUCAUAUAAAGCAACUGAAUUUCUGUUAAUCAAUUAUUGAGUGUUACUUAAAAAUUCCCAGUCUAGAAUAUCAAAUGAUGUUUAAUCACUCUCAUUUAAUCACUCUCAUCAACAAAUUUUGAGAACAUGUCUUACUUUGAUGCCUUUUGUUUUUGCCAGUAAUAAUCAAAGUGCAACCAAAUAAAAAAUAUAUUAAACAAA